AGUUGGAGGCGGGGACCUCGGUGACACCCCUGGAAGGGGCCUCUGAGCACCCCGGAAGGUGUGGAAACAGAUGUUUUGAAUACGCUGAGGUACAGCCAUUAGCACAGGAUGUUGCAAACCCACCUGCACUGAGUGACACAUCCAGGAGUACAGGGCCUCCCUGGACUGGCCAGCAGCUUCUCGCCACCUGCCCUUCCCCACAAGGAGGGAGCUGCUUCCCCGCCCAUCUCUGAUCCGCCUGCAUCUCCGGGACUGAUAGAUCUUCUUGGCAAACCUGCCCCAAAGAUUCCUGCUAACGCCUGUCUGUUCCUGCCUUGUGCGGAGCACGGCGCCCACGGGACUCCGGAGAGAAUCUUAAACCCAAAGCUCUAUCGUUGCUCUGGACGGCACCCUGUGCGCUCCUGCCUAGUCCCUCUCGGCUCCAGGAGCUGCUCACACCCCAGCGAUGCCCACGGGAGCCUUGGCCCCAGCUGGGUGAGACCAUUCCAGAGUGGGCCCCAACCUUCCCAGCCUCCAGGACUCCCUCAUCACCUCCACCACCUCCCAUGUCCGACCGCCCAGCAGGCUCUAGGAUGUCUGUGCCCCAGAUCCAGGUGGAAGAAGUGGUGGUGGGGGAAGAGGUGCUGGCGGGAGCAGCCCCGCCUCCUGACGACCACCUCCGGAGCCUGAAGGCCCUGACUGAGAAACUGAGGCUGGAGACCCGCAGGCCCUCCUACCUGGAAUGGCAGGCGAGGCUGGAGGAGCAGGCCUGGCCCUUCCCCAGGCCAGCUGCUGAGCAGCGGGAGUGUGGGGAGGAAGAGCCCUCCCUGCCACCGAGAGAGCCCAGACAGCACCCGCCACCUAAUGCCAGUGCCAGCCAGGAUGCCGGGACCGGGUCCACGGGCAAGCUGGAAGGCUUUGAGAAUAUCGACGAGGCCUUAGCCUGGCUCAGGAAGGAACUGACCGAGAUGCGGCUGCAGGACCAGCAGCUGGCCAGACAGCUCAUGCGCCUGCGCAGUGACAUCAACAAGCUGAAGAUAGAGCAGACCUGCGACCUCCACAGGCGGAUGCUCAACGACGCCACCUAUGAGCUGGAGGAGCGCGAUGAGCUGUCAGACCUUUUCUGCGACUCCCCUCUGGCCUCCUCCUUCAGUCUCUCCACGCCACUCAAGCUCAUUGGAGUCACCAAGAUGAACAUCAACUCCCGGAGGUUCUCCCUCUGCUGAGCAGCCCUACAACAGGGCAGAGGAGCCAGAACAGAGGGUUUGGGAAGCGGAGAGGGGGCGUGGGGAGAAGGGAAGUGAGGCUGAGAUACCUCAAGUAGGUCUCCCCAGAGGCACAGCUUCCCUGAGACUGGUGAACCGUGGACCCCAGGGCCUGUCCGCAGGGCAUCUCCCUGGGGCCCCAGCUUUGGAACCCAACAUCCCCAUGACUGGCUCUCAAUACCCAAAGAGUCCUGCAGAAGGGCCACUCCAUCCACAUGUUCAAUGAGACUUGGGUUUCCAGCAUGACACCUCUCAGUCCUCCCCUCAGUGAUCCAUGUUCCUGCUUCCUGGAAUCACUGGUGCUAUGAGAACUGGGCUCCCAAAGUGGGGGUGGAGGAGGUGGGCAAAACAGUGAUUAUUACAGAAGGCUUCCCCACGGGCAUGGAGCCCCCAUGC